AGUUUGGCAAACAUUGAAAGGAUCUAUUCAUUCUACUUCGUUUAUUUCCUAUUUUAAAUAAACGAAAGGAAACUAAAUUUGAUUGGUUGGUUUUGUGAUUAUUUGGGAAAAGCGAGGGAAAAUAAAUCCAAAUAGAAAAAGAAAAAAAAAAAAAAGAUGGCCUUUCACCGAGUUUUCUCUGGUUUUUGUACAACGAAGAUGAACGAAGAAUAAUCUAUUCUUUCCCUUUUAUUCCUUUUUUUUUUUUUUUUUCCCACAAUUCUUCAAAUUUUGUUCUCUAUCCAUUUCUCACGGUAGCGAUGUCAUUACCUCCGUUUAGCUGCCGCUUUCUCGCGGCGGCCGUGACCCUCUAUCUGAUAGGUCUGUUGUGCGUUGGGGCUGACACGAAAGAUGUUACCGUUCCCAACAUUCCAGGUUGCUCCAAUGAAUUUCAAAUGGUCAAAGUCGAGAAUUGGGUCAAUGGAGAAAACGGUGAGACUUUUACAGCCAUGACUGCACAGUUUGGCACCAUGCUCCCGUCUGAUAAAGACAAAGCUGUUAAACUUCCGGUUGCUCUUACCACUCCUUUGGACAGUUGCUCCAAUUUGACUUCAAAGCUAUCUGGUUCUAUAGCGUUAUCUCUACGUGGCGAAUGUGCUUUCACAGCUAAGGCUGAAGUUGCACAGGCAGGAGGAGCUGCAGCUUUGGUGUUAAUAAACGACAAAGAAGAGCUUGAUGAGAUGGUUUGUGGUGAGAAAGACACCUCCUUAAAUAUUUCUAUACCUAUUUUGAUGAUUACAACAUCAUCUGGAGAUGCCCUGAAGAAAUCCAUUAUGCAAAAUAAGAAAGUGGAGCUUUUAUUGUAUGCUCCAAAGAGCCCAAUUUUGGAUUAUGCAGUGGUCUUCCUCUGGCUAAUGUCUGUUGGAACAGUUUUCGUUGCUUCUGUUUGGUCACAUUUUACCAGUCCGAAGAAGAAUGAUGAGCAGUACGAUGAAUUAUCACCCAAGAAAUCUUCAAAUGAUGACGCUACCAAAGGUGGUGCUGAAGAGGAAACUCUUGAUAUCAGUGCUAUGGGUGCUGUUAUCUUUGUCAUAUCAGCGUCCACAUUCCUCGUUUUGCUCUUCUUCUUCAUGUCAUCGUGGUUUAUCUUGAUCCUGACCAUAUUUUUUUGCAUUGGUGGUAUGCAGGGAAUGCAUAAUAUUAUCACUACACUCAUAACAAGGAGAUGCAAUAAAUGUGGCCAGAAAAAUGUAAAACUCCCUCUGCUUGGGAAUACCUCAAUUCUCUCACUCGUGGUUCUGUUAUUCUGCUUUGUGGUUGCUAUCCUCUGGUUUAUGAAGCGCAAAACUUCGUAUGCAUGGGCCGGCCAAGAUAUUUUUGGUAUUUGCAUGAUGAUUAAUGUCUUGCAAGUGGCUCGGCUACCUAAUAUCAGGGUUGCUACCAUUCUUCUCUGUUGUGCAUUCUUCUAUGACAUCUUUUGGGUAUUCCUAUCACCACUAAUCUUCAAGCAAAGUGUAAUGAUUGCGGUUGCACGUGGGAGCAAAGACACUGGAGAAUCUAUUCCCAUGCUUUUGAGAAUUCCACGGCUUUCUGAUCCAUGGGGUGGUUACAACAUGAUCGGUUUUGGAGACAUUCUUUUCCCGGGCCUUCUCAUAUGCUUUAUUUUCAGAUAUGACAAGGAAAACAACAAAGGAGUCUCGAAUGGAUAUUUUCCGUGGUUGAUGUUUGGCUACGGACUUGGCCUUUUCUUAACAUACUUGGGAUUGUAUGUGAUGAACGGACACGGUCAACCUGCAUUGCUCUAUCUUGUCCCUUGCACGCUCGGAAUCACGGUCAUUCUCGGGUUGGUUAGGAGAGAACUCAGAGACUUGUGGAACUAUGGGACUCAACAGCCUUCAGCUGCAGAUGUAAAUCCAUCUCCAGAAGCAUAAAUUACUUCAACAUACAUAACUCAAAACUCUGGAGACUGAAGAACAAGAAGAAGAAGAAAAAACAUCAAAAAAAACAAAAAUUUUCUUUUGCACAUAAAAAUAUAAGAAAUCUACACUUUGGUGCAUAUACAUGUAGUCUCGAGCCCACCAAAACGUAUAUAAUGUAAUGUAUAUGUACACAUACACAAAAUCAAACAACUUCUGAAUCUGAAUGAACAAGUUUGUAUACUGUACAAAUACGAAUAGGCAUGUGCUCUCAAA